GAGAGACCAGUGGCGGUCGGUCAGAAACCGUUGGCUGGGAAAAAAAAAAUACAGUUCAGGGAGAGAGAGAGAGAGAGAGAGAGAGAGAGAGAUGGUGAAGCUGGUGGUGGCGACGACGACGGACCCCGCGUCCAUAAACCCGGCCAACGCGCUUUUAGCCAUGCCCGGCUGGCAUCCAGGCCCUUUCUUCCAGAGCUUCGCUAACGAAGAGGUGAGGCUAGUGCUCCACGACAAGAGCAUAAUUGUGGAGGAUCACUUGGACCAGCGCUGGGAGGAAGCCACCGGCGAACCCGUCGACGAGGUCAUCUUCCUCAGCAAACAUACAGCCGUUUCCAACCGCCCCGCUCUCACUGUUCACCCUAUCGGGGUACCUCACUUGAGGGAAGGUGAAAUUCCGCCACAGGGUGGGAAGCCUGGAUGGGCGGCGCCACCCAGUCCUCGGAUUGGCCCCUGGCUGAGACUGUUGAAGAAGAUUGCUCAUUCUCAUAAUUUGGUUCCUGAGUUUGAGAUCACUUUGGAGGGUACUCAUCAUGGACCGGUGACUAAUAAACCAACUAUGUUUAUAGAGAUUGGUAGCACAGAAGAAUACUGGAAGAGGCAGGAUGCAGCUCGUGUUAUUGCUCUGCUAAUCACUGAAGGACUUGGGCUUGGAGGAGGUGCUGCUGUAGGAAACUGGAGCAGGGAGAAUGAUAAUAACAGAGUCCUUCUUGGGAUAGGUGGUGGACAUUAUGCACCUCGGCAUAUGGACAUAGUUCUGAAAGAUGGUGUUUGGGUGGGUCACCUACUUUCCGGAUACUCCUUGCCGAUGGAAGAUCCAAGCUUGUCAAAAGUAGAAAUAAAUGCAAAAGAGGUUGGCGGGACUUGGAGGGAAUCAAUUAAAGCUGCAUUUGAGGCUACAAGAUUGGCUUUCCCUGGUGGGGAAAUUAUUGCACAUCUUGAUCACAAGAGUUUCAAAAGCUGGCAGAAGAAUGCUAUAACAGGGUUCCUAGGUGAGCAGAACAUAAAAAUUGGCAAACCAGCUGACUUCUACUGAUUUCUGAAGAACAUAAUUGUUGACAGCAUCAUUUUCCCAGACAAGGGUUGGGUCAAAAUUUUGUCAGCUUAUUAUAAUACUUUACAUAAUUACAUUUUCAUUUGAUAUGGUAUGUAGAUGUAAGUUUUAAUGACAAAAACUAUAAAUUAAAAAAAAAUAAAAUAAUGAAAUAAUGAGUUUAAUCCCGUAUAAAUGUGAGAGUUUGUGUUUAGUAAAAACAAAAUAAGAAACAAAGACA